AAUACGCACUUGAUUUUAAAUGGAGGAAGACGAACUUGAAAGACCUGUUGAGUCCGUGUGUCCCAUUGCGUACGCAUUUGAGCCGAUACGGCGUGGGAACCGAGCAGUGGUACGUCGAUAUGUCGAACAGCCGGUGGUGGUUUGGGGCGAAGAGCGGGUUGGCAACGCUACCUGGUGUCAGUGUGGCUGUUGUACUGCGAUGCCCACCGUGUCGGAGUCCAUCUGCUGUCAAGAGGCUGAUCUUGACCAUGUAUUGCGUGGUCAAUCCUGCAUCACUAUGGCGCGCACAUUUGCCAUACUGUGCCGGGAGGUAGACGUGUUGGAAGUGGCAAUGCUUUCCCUGAAGGAUGUCAGAGCGGAGACACUGGAGCGUCCCAUCAAUAGCUGUCUCUUUAGGUUGACUGCAUACCGGCAGUUUACCCUUUGGGCCAGAGGGCAUUUGGGGAAGAAGAACCGGAUUCCGAUUCCAGCCUGUGUUGUUGGCUCCAUCAGGGCUGUUUUUCCAUCCCUGGAAUAUCAUGGUUUUGAAUAUGCAUAUGAUGAAUUUUAAGUUGCAUUCAAAGAUUGCCAUUAAAGAGGAUUUAUUGUAACAUUUCAUCAAGUGGUUUAAUGGGCAUUUAAAUUCUAUUUAGUAGUUUU